UUAAUUAGACGCGCAAUUUAUCAACUACUAGAGUUAGUUAAGUACUUACUAGUCAUAACCUAGAGAUAGAAGGGUAAUUCUGAGAAUUCACCUGAAUCAGUUAGUUUUUCUCCCGCCAAAACUGAUAACCGUUUGAUCGUUCUGUUUUGUAACUGCUUCCGGCAUGGGAAACGCUUUCUUCUUCCUCCUCCUCCUUCUCGUGCUGAAUCUGAACAACUUUGCCGUUACAGAAGCGGCGGCGCCGCCACCUUCAUCCAGAGAAGGAUGCACCGAUCAGCUAAUUCUAUUCUCUCCGUGUCUUUCUUAUGUUUCGUCUCCUCCAAACAACCUAACGGGGACAGCUUCAACCAAAUGCUGCAACGCUUUCUCGUCGUCGUUCGCACCGAACUCCCUCUGUUUCUGCUAUCUCCUCCGUGACAAUCACAUCCUCGGCUUCCCUAUGAACUCCACAAGGCUUCUUUCACUCUCCUCCCUCUGUCUUUCCCCUCCGCCAACCAUCUCUUCUCUCAACCUUCUUUGCGGAGAUUCACCUACUCUUCCUCCUCUCGGUAGCGCUGAUAUUUUAAGGAAUCCCAACAAUUCUUCAGUAACAGGGUCAGCAUCCAGUGAUUCAGGAGGGAAAACGGUACCCCGCAAAGGCAAGGAUAAGGGAGCAGGGACAACAUUGUACUUUCCAACGUCAAAUGGUUCAACUUCAGUCAUUGAUGGCGGAUACUGCUACAAGUUUUUGCUACUUGUUAUGCUUCCACUCUUCAACCUCAACAUGCUCUACUUUUAAUGCUCAAUGUUUCUCAAUUAGUAGUACUUACUAGUUUUCAUUACCAUCACCCUGUACAUUCAUGUAAUAUGUAGUUGAAGCUCAAGUUUUUGUAUCACCUCAUAUUGAGAAUGACCAUUACAUUACAGACUUUUCCCCUUUGAGUGGGGUAG